AUGGCUGCUGAACCCCCCGCAAAGAAAAAGUGCCUUGGCGUCGACUGCGACAAUGACGCCGGCACCCUUCAGUGCCCAACCUGCCUCAAGCUUGGUAACAAGGACUGCUUCUUUUGCUCCCAGGACUGCUUCAAGAAAAGCUGGGGCACGCACAAGUCCAUGCACAAAUCUCAAAGUAAUAUCCUGCACCACCUGCUCGCCCCGAAAGCCAUCUCACCAGAUCCAGCCACCGGUUUCUACAAUCCCUUUCCGAGCUUUCCAUUUGCCGGCAAACUGCGACCCGUCUACCCUCUUUCCGAGCACCGCACUGUCCCGCGAUCGAUCCCCCACCCCGUCUGGUCCGAGGACGGCAACCCAAAGUACAGCCGCUCGCUCAGCAGCCGCACCAAGUUUGAGAUUCUCGAUGCAAAGGGCAUAGAAGCCAUGCGCAAGGUCGCCAAGCUUGCGCGCGAGGUCCUCGAUCUGGCCGCCGCCGCCGCCGUCCCCGGCGUCACCACCGACUACAUUGACGAGAUUGUACACAAAGCCUGCGUCGAGCGCAAGUCGUAUCCAUCGCCCCUCAACUACAACCACUUUCCCAAAUCUUGCUGCACGUCGGUCAACGAGGUCAUCUGCCACGGCAUCCCCGACAAGCGCAUCCUACUCGACGGCGACAUCCUCAACAUUGAUGUGACCCUGUACCACGAGGGCUACCACGCCGACCUGAACGAGACGUACUACAUUGGCGACCGCGCCAAGGCAGACCCGGACAAUGUGCGCGUCGUAGAAGCGGCCCGCGAGUGCCUGGACGAGGCCAUCAAGGCCGUCAAGCCCGGUGUGCAGAUUCGCGAAUUUGGCAACAUCAUCGAAAAGCACGCCAAGAUCAAGGAAUGCAGCGUCAUUCGCACGUACUGCGGUCACGGCAUCGGCAAAUUGUUUCACUGCCCGCCCAACGUACCACACUACGCCAAGAACAAGACACCUGGCGAGUGCAAGGCCGGCAUGACGUUUACGAUUGAGCCCAUGAUUGCGCUGGGCAAGUACCGAGACAUUACGUGGCCGGAUAACUGGACGAGCACGACGAUCGAUGGCAAGCGCACCGCUCAAUUCGAGCAUACCUUGCUGGUAACAGAAGACGGCGUCGAGGUGCUGACGGCGAGAAACGAAAACUCUCCUGGCGGUGCGAUUCCCAUGCCUACAGCGGCGUAA